ACUACACGACUUAUUAUAGGUUAGCAACACUAUAUAUGUGAAAAAGGAGUCAACUAUGAUGUGCCGACGAUCGUGACAGCUCGACUAUUUUUUUUCUACCGCUGCACACUGAAUUAGUUACCGUGAGCGGUGGACGUGUGCACAAUCGGAAUAACUCUAUUUUUCUCGGUGAUAAAAUUCAAGUGUCGCCGAGGCACAAUAAUCACGACGAAGUUUCAUACCGUAAGAGUCGUCAAAAUAUUGACACAGUUGGCUGGAUGACACCAAAGUAAAUUGUGUUCGACGAUAUCUCGCUACCCUACUGUGUUUGAGGCAGCAGAAAGGAUAUUGGAUGAAAUAUGCUACUGAGAAGUACAAGGUUAAUUUGUCAGAAAAGUAUAUGUCAUCUUGAAAGAUCAACCAAAUAGAAUAAGUUAAUUUAUUAUUGAUUAAUUCUAAGAUCAAACAAUUGAAUGUUUUGAAGAAGUAUAUUACUAUUAAAACUAGUUUAUUGUUAGUGUUUAGUGUCUAGUCAAAGUGCUCUUUCAUGAUAGUUACUUGUUGUAUAGAAUUGUUUCAACAUGGUCAAAGUAACUAAUUUAAAAAUCAAAUUAUUAGCUUUAGUGUUUGCUAUAAUAUUCUGUUUACAAAUUUUCAAACUAUGGUCAUUUUACCAUGAAAAAGUAGAAGCAGAAAGAGUAUAUGAAAGGAUCAAGACGCAGAAAGUUCUUGUGAAGGUUUAUUAUGAAGCUUUGUGCUCAGAUUCAAGAAACUUUAUUAUUAAGCAAUUGCUUCCAACUUAUAACACAAUUGAAAAUUACAUGGAUGUACAGUUAAUUCCCUACGGUAAAGCAGAAACAAUUGUUACCAAUGACGAUUAUGUGUUCAAGUGUCAACACGGAGAGCCCGAAUGCCAAGCUAAUAUAAUUCAUGCCUGCUCAAUUCAUUUUGUCCACGAUCCCAGAAAGCAGUUGGAACUGAUAUCAUGCAUGAUCAAAAACAACAUGUAUCCAAUGUCCAUUCUGAAGAGUUGCGCCGAACACAUGAAAGAAUACAAGGCCAUAUUGGACUGCUCGAUUUCAAUAGAAGGUAGAAGAUUGCUGAUGAAGUACGGAGAGAUGACAAAUGAAUUGAGUCCCAAGGUUGACUUUAUACCUACAAUUACUCUCGAUAACGAUCACGACAAUCAAAUUCUCAUAUUGAAAAAUUUGAUGAGACAAGUUUGUCAGAGAAUUAAGGAGCCGCCAAGAGAGUGCGUGAGCUAAAGAUUUUCACUCCAACAUUCCACUGUAACUUCCUCAGAAAACCGAUCCAUUUUUAUAUUUUUUUAAUGAUCUACUUUUGUUUUUCUUCGAGUUGUCAAUGUAAUAAGUAAUUUUUACUUUUAUAUGAAAAAAAAAAAUCCUUGAUCAAGGUAAUCGCCACAAAACUUAAACUAUUAUAUUCUAUUUUAUACCGAAGAUUUAAAAAUUUCUUCAAAGUCGUCGUUGUGCAGCUAACAACAAAUCGCAGCUAAAAAAAUGUACAUAAACAAAUCAAUUCUCUCACCAACUACAAGUGUAUAUUGGUAAAAUUUAAAGCUAAUCAAACUCGUUAUCAUUUUGACGAAUAAAUUUCACAAAUGUUAAA